AUGCCAGAAGACGACUUUGACAUCUACGGAGAGGAGGAGUGGAAGCAAGAGCAAGCAGAACAGGCCAACGAGCCUGUGCAAUCGCUGACAACCUCGGCCGAACCCAACGUUGGCGAUAAGCGACCAAGGGACGACGACUCAGCCGACCACGGCGCGACCCCCGCCCCUGCUUCAAGGAGCAGCAGCGCGUCACAAUCCAACCCCGCGAGCCAUAAUGGCACCACCCCCUUCAACACCAACGCACAGGCCAUAGGAAUGGCCGCGCAGAUGCAGAGCGGAACUGCUGACUAUGAUGCCCUGUAUAUCGGAGACUUGCAAUGGUGGACGACCGAUGAAGAUCUGCGGCAAGUUGCGCUCAACGUGGGCGUCACGAUUGACCACAAGGACAUCACGUUUUCUGAGCACAAAGUUAACGGCAAGAGUAAAGGGAUCGCCUAUGUUGAAUGCGGAGAUCCACAAUCUGCACAGAAGCUGAAGGCAUGGUUCGACAACAAUGAUUUCCAGAAUAGAAGGGCGAAUGCUACGCUAACCAAUGCGGCGCAAGGCAACCCCUUCCGCACAUUACCCAAAGAACCUCCUCCACGCGACGGCCGGGUUCAGCAACACACAGGUAUGCCAGCCCAGUCUGGCCGCGGUGGGGGUAACUUCCGGGGUGGGCAUAACCAGAUUCCAAAUAACAACAUGAAUAUGAUGGGUGGGAUGCGGGGCGGGGGCAUGAUGGGCGGGGGUAUGAUGCGGGGCGGGAUGAUGAACGGUAUGGGCAUGGGUGGCGUGGGGAUGAUGGGUGGCAUGGGCAUGGGAGGUAUGGGCAUGGGCGGGAUGAAUGCAAUGGGUGGCUUUGCCGGAGGGAGGGGGAUGAUGGGGCAAGGCCGGGGAAUGGGCAUGGGGCGGGGCGGAGGUAUGAUGGGCGGAAUGGGCAUGGGAGGUAUGGGGAGUAUGGGCUCGGGCUUUUAA